AUGGCAGACGGAGUCUUCUCAAUCAAGCGCGAAGUCUAUGAGACCGAGGAUGGCAUGGUGCCCAUCCUCGUCCGCGGCCCUGACCCCGACCCGGACUCUGACCCGGCUACCCUCGAGGUUGUCGAGUCCGAUUUCGUACAUGAGAUGAGUCGCUGGCGGAGGGUAGGCAUUCUUGCUGUCAUCAACACGGUAACGGCUAUCGCGGCGUUCGAUGCAACAUGUAUCUGUGUCAUCCUCCCCUCCAUCGCCCGAGAACUCGAUGCCUCCUUCUCCAUGAGCUUGAGUAUGGGAGCCGCCGUCUUGCUUGCCUCUGCGAUUUCACAACCUCUCUUCGCGGAAGCGGCCCACGUUUUUGGCCGGAGACCAGCCUACCUCUUUGCCUUGGCCUUGUUCAUAACCGGAUCCCUCCUCUCGUGUUUUGCCAAGAAUGCUGGGAUGCUUCUUGCCGGUCGCACUACCCAGGGUUUUGGAUCUGGGGGGCCUGUGGCAUUAUCGAAUCUGGUGACGGCGGACUUGUACACUGCGCGCAAGCGUUUUGGAUCUUUUGCGUACCAGAACAUGUUCUGGGCUCUGGGAACUGUUUCUGGUCCUCUUGUCGGAGGUGCUAUCGUUCAGACCAAGGACUCUGCUUGGCGAUACAUCUACUGGGGCACUCUUCCUUUCCUUGUGUUGAGUUUUGCGGGAAGUUGGGCCCUCAUGGGAUACGAUAAGCAUCAUCGCAACUUUAGGGACAUCAAGAACUUUGAUUGGGGCGGCGCCUUUCUCUACAUCGCUUCUUCUGUCUGCUUGGUGCUGCCAUUGAGUUGGGGUGGCUCUGUUUACCCCUGGAUAUCAGCGGCAACUAUCGUCCCUUUCGCUAUUUGCAUCUUGUCUUUCAUUUCUCUUAUACUAUAUGAGAAGAAGAUCGAGAGGCCAAUGUUCCGAAAAAGUCUUUUCCGGAGUCCAUCAACCAUCUGUCAUCUUGCCAUGGCGGUGCUACACGGUCUCCUCCUGUGGAUGGUGCUAUACUAUCUGGCUGUGUAUUACAUGGGCGUCAAGUACAAAACCCCUCUGAUGACAGGAGUCUGGGCCUUGCCAGCAACACUUACUGUUGCUCCUAUGGCGGCAUUGGUAGGACUGGUAACAUCAAAGACAGGAAGAUAUCAAGGGUUCCUGGUUGGCGGCUGGACUCUUCUGGUGGCCAUCUUUGGGGUCCUGACAAUCCUAGAUAGAGACUCGUCAACUGGAACUAUCUUGGUUCUUGUCAUGUUCCUUGGUACUGCUAUGGGUCUCCUUCUCCCAACCAACUCCAUUGGUGUUUCGGCCACUUGCGAAAAACAAGAUGCCGGCCAUGGCAUGGCCAUGAUCGUUGUCCUGCGUACCUUGGGUCAAUGUCUGGGUAUCGCUGUUGGCAUGUCCAUCUUCUCGACUCAGCUAGCCAAGGAGCUGAAUAGUGUUGGACUUAUCAAGGUUCCAGUCAACGAUGCUAUACAGCUUAUGAGAGCCUCUAUGGAGAACCAGGCCGCCCAUAGCAGAUUCAUGAGCAUGGCUGUAGCGGCAUCUCUCAAGAAGGUCUGGACGGCAGGCAGCAUCAUGGCCAGUCUAGGUUUGAUCCUCGCUAUUUUCGCAAGGUCCCCUAGACUGCCCAGAGACACGGUUCCCGACGAGAAGGGCAAGGGCAAAGAACUGGACCUAGAGCAAGAGAAGGUGGAACCUGGCCCGGAAUGCAAGCUCAAGCAGUCAGUGGCAGGCCAGGUCUGGCUAUGGUUGAGGCCAUGUCUGAGACGAAAGGCGAGCCUUGAGCAGUCCGAUAGCCCCUAG